AUGUCAACAUCUAUCCAUCCUUUCAAGCUCUCAAUCCCUUCAUCCACUCUCGAUGACUUGCAAACGCGUCUUCGUUUGACCCGCUGGCCAGACAAAGAGACAGUCACCGACUGGUCUCAGGGCGUUCCCCUUGCAAUAAUUAAAGAGCUUUGCGAGUAUUGGCAGACAAAAUACGAUUGGCGGCGAUGUGAAGCACUGCUCAACUCGUACCCUCAAUUCACGACGACCAUUGACGGUGUGGAGAUUUAUUUCUUACACAUCCGGUCAAAGCAUGAGAACGCUCUUCCUAUGGUCCUUACACAUGGAUGGCCUGGCUCAAUUCUAGAAUUCAGACAUGUAAUUGAUAAGCUCGUCGACCCUGAGUCUCACGGCGGCUCUCCCAAGGACGCGUUCCAUCUGGUGGUCCCAGCACUCCCGGGCUAUGCCUUCUCCAGUAAGCCGACUGAGGGAGGAUGGGAUUACCGUCGCACCGCACGUGCAUGGGCUGAGUUAAUGCAACGAUUGGGCUAUGCAGAUAGCGGAUGGGUCGGCCAGGGCGGCGACUGGGGGGCGCACGUGUCCGCAAGUCUGGGCCAUCAAGCACCAAAGGGACUGAAGAGUGUUCAUAUGAACUCCAUAUACCUUGAGCCGAAGAAAGAAGCCCAAAAAUCAUGCCAAGAUAAGACGGGCGAAGAAAGAGCCAUGCAGCUGGACCGCCAUCGGGACAUAGGACAUUACGGAUACUACACCCAGCAGUCAACGAGACCGCAGACCCUUGGCUAUGGGCUUUCUGACUCGCCGGUUGCGCAGGCUGCCUGGAUCUAUGAGAAGUUUAGAGACUGGUCCCAUCACGAUGGAAAUGUGGAGACGGUGUUUAGUAAAGAUGAGAUGCUCGACACGAUUAUGUUGUAUUGGCUCUCUAAUUCCGGGACAUCAUCUGCUCGUUAUUAUUGGGAGUGCGAGCUUGACUCAACCGCGUGGCCGAUUGAUCUCCCGGUUGGCGUGAGUUGGUUCUCGGGCGAUACAACCUACGGUCCGAAGGAAUGGUGUGAAAGGUACUACAAGAAUAUUGUGCAUUGGAAAGAGGUGGAAAGAGGGGGCCACUUUGCGGCGUGGGAGGUACCAAACCUCUUUGUUAAAGAGAUACGCGAGUGGGGAAGCAAAAUCAGGUAA